AUGAUUACCUUCCUCUCACGACUGGCCGAAACAUCCCAGUUAACACUUCCCAACUUCGUACGCCUCAUCCGAGGCGAGACGACAUACGACCCGCGCCUUAACAAAGAUCUAUACGAGCUGCCAGGCCCACCAACGGACAAUCUGAGCGACGAAUGGGGGCGCUGGAACGAGGUGGUGCGUCACGGUGUCAUACCCGAGUGGCUCCCGCACCGCCCGCCAAACCAAGCACGCCGGCCCCGCAACCACGGCUCCAUCAACGACCAUCUCCCACAAGUCUGGCGUCAUAUUCGCAAGGGCCAGAAAGACGGCCGUUACCUCGUCCUGAAGGCAUCUAUGGUAGACCACUGGGCAGAGCUGUUCAUUUCCCCGGUGGGCGUGGUGAACAAGGCGGGGGCAGUACCACUCGAUAUCCGACUCAUAAACGACUACUCAUUCCCUGAAGGCGAAUCGGUAAACGACUACACGGACCGAUCACAUCUACCAGGAAUCUCUUACAACCCACCAGGGGACAUCGCUCGGAGAAUCUUCACUCUACGUAGAGAUCAUGCGUACGCACGGAUACUGCUCAUGCUCGGCGAUGUCGCUGGCGCGUUUCGGCACGUGCCGGUCAACGCGGACAACGUUCACAUGUUUGCUUUUAUCAUCGGCGAAUACCUCGUGAUCGACCUCUCCUGCGGAUUCGGGUGGCGCGUGGCAGGGUCGGGCUACGACGCUCUCGCACAAUCCCCUUGCCAGGGUCUGUUUUGGUGUGACGACCACACCUGCAUCGAGAUCGACGACGGACCCCGAUGCUUCAUUGCAAACCUCGCUCUACGCAGAGCAAUGGCCACCGUGCUAGGUCCGACGGCAAUCAACGAACGCAAGUUCACGGAUUGGAACGAACGCGGCCGAGCACUGGGCUACGAGUGGAACACGCAAGACGGAACAGUAACAAUCCCUGCUGACAAGAUCCUGCGCGAUCAACGCAAUAUUGCUGCCAUCCUCGCAGCCGGCACAGUGACCAAAACAUCGGCGCUGAGCCUGCUCGGAAGCCUACGCCACAUCACUACGUGCUGCCCUCCCGCGCGCGCGUUCUUCCAACGCGUCCAAGAUAUGGCAAGACGAAUCAGCAGAUAUGGUCGCCGGCACGUCACCGCGGAGGCAAUGGAAGACCUGAAGUGGCUCCAGCUGAUUCUGCAGAACAGCGACCGGUUCAACAGCAUUCCCGUCGACCACUUUGGCAACAUGGCUGCGCCCACUGUGCACGUGCAGAUGGACGCGUCCAACGACGGCCUGUGCGCUCUGGAGCCAUCACUAAGGCAAUUUAUCCGCGUGAAGUUCACGGAAGCCGAGCAGCAGAUGUUCACCACAGACAUGUCGGUGAACUCCAUCAACGUGAGAGAGUUGCAGAGUGCAGUAUUGGCCGCGCUCCACUGGGGCCCCAUAUGGUCAGCAAGAUCGCCGCACCGGCCCAUCCAUGUCUGCUUCUGGAUUGACAACGCGGUGGCCGUGUCAUGGACCCAACGACGGACAAGCCGCCAACCACUCGCACAAUUGUACAACCGGCUGAUAGCGCUGGCAGAAUUCAAUUACUCGCUGGUGUGCACCGCGGAGCACGUCCCCGGGGUGGAGAAUAUUAUGGCAGACGCUGGGUCGCGAGCCUGGUCAAAUGAGGACCCACUGUUCGACACAUGGACUAACCUCUCUAAUGGGUGGACACAGAUUACCGGAGCCAAGUACCGCGCGCACUGGAAGCAGUGGGAGUAA